AUUGAAUACAAUAAUAUUAUAUACACAACAAUAAUAUAAUAUGAUCAGUUCAAAUAUAUUAUUUUAUCGCUGUUUCGUUUUAUCGCUUUUCACUUUUCAGUCGGCUGCCGAGUCCCGACGAGAUCGAACGUUGUUGUCAUUCCUGCAGCGGCGAUAGUAAUAAUAAUUAACGCCGAGUCGAGUUCAGAUCUCAUCGUAUAUUUUUAUUAUUACUAUUUUAUAUUAUAAUAUUGUAAAGGUACAGCUUGUUCACUACAACGAGACGUGGUUUUAAUAAUACAGUCUGAUCACGAUGCGUUUUGUGGUGGCGAUGUUAGCGUCGCCGCUGUUGGCCGCGGUACUCUGCUUGUUCGCCUGCAGUCGGACAGCCGUAGCGAUGGCACCCAGAGGCGGCGGUAGCGAUGGGGCCCUCUACCUGACGCCCCUGAUACAGGCAGGCCGGAUCGAAGAAGCACGGGCUGCGUGCAGUGUGAAACCCCUGAAGGCAGCUAUCGAGAGCUACUCCGGUUACCUGACUGUGGACGAGAAGCACGGUUCAAACAUGUUCUUCUGGUUCUUCCCGGCCAUGAACAGCGCCCGAGACGCGCCCGUCAUGCUAUGGCUGCAAGGUGGCCCGGGCGCGUCCAGCCUGUACGCCUUGUUCAACGAGCACGGCCCGUUCUCGGUGGCCAAGAGCCACGGACUCAAGUUGCGCAACCACACAUGGGUGGCCACCCACUCAGUGAUAUACCUGGACAACCCAGUGGGCACGGGGUACAGCUUCACCUCCGACGACGGAGGUUACAGCACCAACCAGGCAUCAGUCGGCCUCAACGUGUACACCGCCUUGGUGCAGUUCUUCACACUGUUCCACGAGUACCAGAACAACGAUUUCUACGUGACCGGUGAGUCUUACGCAGGCAAGUACGUGCCAGCUGUGUCAUACUCCAUCCACCUUAACAACCCCGAUGCCAAGGUCAAGAUCAACCUCAAGGGUCUGGCAAUUGGCAAUGGUUUGGUCGACCCCAUCAACCAGUUGAUGUACAGUGAAUACCUUUACCAACAUGGGUUCGUCGACGAGUAUGGCAAACAAGAGUUGGAAGAACUGGAGAGCACGGCCCGCGUCCAAAUCCUCCGCAAUGACUUCGAUGCCGCUUUCCGGAUUUUCGACAAACUACUGAACGGCGACAUCUAUCCAUAUCCGUCGCUGUUCCAGAACCUAACCGGCAUGCGGUACUACUUCAAUAUGCUGUGGGACCGGGACCCGACGCCGUACGGUGACUGGGAGAAGUACGUGCAAGAGCCAUUCAUGCGGGAAGCGUUGCACGUGGGCCAGCGGCCGCUGAACAACGGCACUGUGGUCGAACACCACUUGGCAAAUGACAUGAUGCAGUCGGUGGCCACGUGGCUGGCAGCCCUGUUGGACGCUGGCCAGUACCGCGUUCUGUUGUACUCCGGACAGCUGGACAUCAUCGUGCCGUACAGGGGCACGAUGAACAUGGCACAGUCACUUAAGUGGUCAGGCGCGGAGCGGUUCCAUAACGCGACGCGAACCAUUUGGCGAGUGGGCCACGAGAACGAGACCGUCGUGGCUGGUUACGCGACCACGGCCGGUCCGCUGACCGUGUUGCUGGUCAGGGACGCCGGUCACAUGGUGCCGGCAGACCAGCCGAUCUGGGGCCUGGACCUGAUCAACCGAUUCACGACCGGUAAACCAUUUUGACUGGACCACAAGGCUGAGGAAUUCAUGACAAUAUAAUAUUAUAAUAUUUUAUGUUUUCUUAUGUUCCCA